UGGGUCUCCUCUCGUGCCCGGCUUCCGUCCUCCCCGCGGACAGACAGACCCAGGCCGCCGGGGGAGGGGGGGCGGGGGAUGCCAGGCUGCCGCAUCAGCGCCUGCGGCCCAGGGGCCCAGGACGGGACGGCAGAACCGGGGUCCCCCCCGGCGCCGCCCCGGGAGCCCCUGGCGUCCCCUCAGCCCCCGGCCCCAACUCCGACCUUGACCCCGACCCCCGCGGAGACCCCGCGGCCGCAGGAGGCCGCCCGGGCCUCGCUGGGCGCGGCCGAGGGUCAGGAGCUGCAGCGCUGGCGUGCGGGCGCUAGCGGGGGCGCGGGGGGCGGCGGGGCGGCGGGCGCGGGCGGCCGCGCGCUGGAGCUGGCCGAGGCGCGGCGGCGGCUGCUGGAGGUGGAGGGCCGCCGGCGCCUGGUGUCGGAGCUGGAGAGCCGCGUGCUGCAGCUGCACCGGGUCUUCCUGGCGGCCGAGCUGCGCCUGGCGCACCGCGCCGAGAGCCUGAGCCGCCUGGGCGGCGGCGUGGCGCAGGCCGAGCUCUACCUGGCGGCGCACGGGUCGCGCCUCAAGAAGGGCGCGCGUCGGGGCCGCCGGGCCCGCCCGCCCGCGCUGCUGGCCUCGGCGCUGGGCCUGGGCGGCUGCGUGCCCUGGGGCGCCGGGCGGCUGCGGCGGGGCCACGGCCCGGAGCCCGACUCGCCCUUCCGCCGCAGCCCUCCGCGCGGUCCCGCCUCCCCCCAGCGCUGACCCCGGCGCGGGGACUCCCGGCCACCGCGCCCUGGCUGGCCAUCGCCGAGCUGCUGACCGAUGGAUUCCCAAUGCUGGCGGGCUGGCAGGCUGGAUGGAUGGCGUCAUCUCCGAGGAUGCACAGUCUGUCGGUUGGCAGGAAGAGACAGUCGGGGGGAGCCAGCGGCCCAAUAAAGGAAACUGAGCUCCUUCCAGCCUUCAUUUUGGAUCUGGACCUCUGGAUUCUGCUUCUUCCCUGGAUACCUCCAUCAGUGAAACUUCCAGAACUGGCCCUCAGCAGCCCCCUCUCAGGAGCCCUCACUUUCCCAGGAUUGGGUUCUGCGAAUCUUACCCAUACUCUAAAUUUCUCUGCGUACUCCGCUUUGGGCUUUGCUUACUCUGCACCAAUGGAGAAGUUAGCACAGGUUAUUGGAAAAUGCAGCGAUAGCUCCAGUGGCAAUGCCAAGGAUUUCUUUUAAGGAGAGUCACUAUUCUUAAACAAGUCUCGGCAUAGCUGGAGUCCCCAUUUUGGUAGAUCUCAUUGCUUCCUGGUCUAACAGCACUAGGAGGCCUGUUUGGCAGAAAACACUGGUCAAAGGAAAGCCUCCAUUUCCCUCACCCACUGCCCUGUUCUCUCUGGGUGGAGGUGUGCUGUGGCCCUGCACAGACAAUCAGCUGCGGCCUCCCCGAGGAGGUAACACCUCUUUCUCAAGAAGAGGUGGCAGCCACAUAAAAUUUCCAAAGUUUUAAAUGCAAAAGGGGAGCACAUUUAUUCAAAUAUUGUACACAUGGCACUAGUGACACUAGCUACACAUAACCCGGAACCCAUAGAAUUCUACAAAGUGAAUGUAUAUUAAACACGUCCCACGAUUAUAUAUUCAGGAAGAAUAAAUCUCAGUAAUGUGAGUCUUUGGUGUGUGGUU